AUGAACAGAAAGAUAGUGCGCAAAGGGCCGCUGCCUGGAGGUCGCCAGGGCACGUCUGGAGCUGGCGCUGGAUGUGACGGCAUGCGGGCCGCCAGCAGAGCGCGGGGUGCUGCAAGACCACCUAGCAGCCCCCGGCAUCCAUCAUCCCCACCAGAAGGCUUUGUGUCAGCUGGGUCUUCUGGUACUCAGCAAGCGGCACCCGCCGCUGGUGGAGCACGUUGCAUGUAUUGGUCACAAAUAAUGAACGCAAACGCACUGCGGGCGUACUUUAGGGCAAAAGGGAAAGAAACUGGAUUUUUGGCGUAUCGGGCUCGGAUGCAUCGCUUUUUUGCAGAGUUGGAGCCAUCUCUAUCCGUCACUGAGCAAAACCUGGCAGACCGAGUUCGGUACAUCCUGCGCUCCAACAUAUUUGGUGACGACGAACUCAAACGUCUACGACGUGAGGCUGUUCCCUCAUCGGAUGGAAAUACUACGGCUGGAAAUGCGGCGCCACUAAUUGCACAGCAAACUGCAUAUACGGAUGCUGCCGUGGAUUUUCCAGUUAUGGUAGAUUCAGAAGAUGAUGAAAUGGUCUCCCACGAACUAGAGAAUAUGAGGAGCAUAUUAGAAGAGUCGAUGCUGGAAACACGCAGUACACCUCUAGAAAAUUGA